AUGUCUACGCUUGCGCCCCCAUUCCAGCUUCUAGAACUCAACAUCAUCUCCGGACAAGACCUUGCGCCAGUUGUCAAGAACAUGAAAGCCUACGCGGUUGCAUGGAUUCACCCUGAUCGCAAGCUAACCACCCAAAUCGACCCCGACGGCGACAACAACCCAAUGUGGAACGAGAAAUUCGUCUUCCGCGUCGACGACGACUUCCUCAAUGCCGAGGACUCCGUCAUCAUGAUCGAGAUCUACGCCUCCGCUUGGCUACGCGAUGUCCUCAUCGGAACCGUCGGCAUCCUCGUCAGCAACCUCUUGCCACCUUCCACGCGCCUCAACCGUAAAUCCUCCAAGGUUCGGUUCGUGGCGCUUCAAGUCCGACGACCCUCGGGUCGUCCUCAAGGGAUCCUUAACAUCGGCGUCAAUCUUGUUGACGCUGCAAUGAGAAGUAUGCCGAUGUAUUCGGAGCUUAGCGCCUCCGUGGUUGAGGAGUGGGAUUUGAUGGAUCCGAAGAAGGAAAAUAACAAGCCCAGUCAAACUCCUCGAAGCGAUAACAGCGGUGGGUAUGAUUUCAAGUUGUACCCAUUACAACGUUGCCAGAGCGAGAAGAAUGAUUCUACCAUUAACGAUUAUGCGUAUACGCCUGGUAAACAGAGCCGUUAUUAUGAAGAUGAGCAUGGGAUGGGAUCUGAAAUCGGGAUUCCACUUACAAAGAACGGAAAGAUUGUGAAUGCAAAUGGAUCUUUGUGUUCUGAUGUUGGACCGUCGCCGUCCGUUGUGGCAGCAGCAAUAGCUAAAGGAUUGUACCCUGUGCCAUUACCGGUGCCAAGGGCGACGCCGGCCAACCCAUUGAUUCUUGAUUGGCCGGGGAAGGAUGGUGAGAUGGGGAUGACGAAGAAUAAUAUGAUCGAUAGGUGGCGGUCUGAACCGGAUAUGACGCCGGUAUACGACCACCUCGGACAGCAUCCUAAGAGGGGGAAGGCAAUGAGUGUAAAGGGUAAGAACCAGAGAAGGCACAAUGCUAACAAUGGCAUGUUUUCUUGCUUCGGCACCGCGUUGGGGUGCGAGUUUUCGAUUACUUGCGGCGGGGGUAAUCGGAAGCAGAAGAGGGUUGGAGGUGGCAAGGGUCAUCAUAAUAAUACUGCUCCAUCUGAGAUGACCUAUGAUGAAAUAUCAUAUAUUUGA